AUGUCGUGGAACAUCACCAAAAAGCUGAAGGAAACACAUCUCGCUCCGUUGACCAGCACAUUCGGUCGGUCAUCAUCGACAUCCACCAUUAAGGGUGGUGCGGCGGCGAGCGACGAUGGUGCACACACUCCUGUGGCCACACACUCCCCCAGCAUAGCUUCCACAAACUCAAAUGGCAUUGCGGCGUCAGAGUCUCUGGUCUCACCUCCUGUUGCACCUGUGAAGCCUGGAAUCUUGAUUGUUACCCUUCACGAGGGCCAGGCCUUGUCCCUAUCCCCGCACUACCAGCAAAUCUUCAAUUCGCAUUUUCAAAAUACUAACUCCUACAACCCAUCAUUGCGCCCCAGCUCCUCUUCCUCGCAUUCUUCUCACGCCCGUAGUACCCAGUUCGCCCACGGCCGACCGCAAUCUACCAGCGGAGGCAUCAAUGCGGCACCCACCAUCCAUGGCCGCUAUUCCACAAAGCACUUGCCAUAUGCUCUCCUAGACUUCGACAAGAACCAGGUCUUUGUCGACGCUGUGUCGGGUUCGCCCGAGAAUCCCCUGUGGGCUGGUGACAACACGGCCUUCAAGUUCGAUGUCUCGCGGAAAACGGAGCUGAACAUUCAGCUCUAUUUGCGCAAUCCGGCGGCCCCACCGAAUGCCGGGCGAAGUGAAGAUAUCUUUCUCGGAGCAGUCAAGGUUCACCCGCGCUUCGAGGAGGCCCAGCCGUAUGUCGACGACCCCAAACUCAGCAAGAAGGACAACCAAAAGGCCGCCGCCGCCCACGCUGAGCAGGAUCGCCACCUAGGCCAGCUCGGUGCUGAAUGGCUGGAUUUGCAAUUUGGAACAGGUUCCAUCAAAGUCGGUGUCUCCUUUGUCGAAAAUAGACAGCGAAGCCUGAAGCUCGAGGACUUUGACUUGCUGAAGGUUGUCGGCAAGGGCAGUUUCGGCAAGGUCAUGCAGGUCAUGAAGAAAGAUACUGGCCGAGUCUAUGCCCUGAAGACCAUCCGAAAGGCUCACAUCAUCUCACGCUCCGAAGUUACUCACACCCUGGCAGAGAGAUCUGUACUGGCCCAGAUCAAUAACCCUUUCAUCGUGCCGUUGAAGUUCUCGUUCCAAUCACCGGAGAAACUUUACCUCGUCUUAGCCUUCGUCAAUGGUGGUGAAUUGUUCUACCAUCUGCAGCGCGAGCAACGUUUCGAUGUCAAUCGCGCUCGCUUCUACACUGCCGAACUUCUCUGCGCUUUGGAGUGUCUUCACGGUUUCAAGGUUAUUUACCGCGAUCUCAAGCCGGAAAAUAUCCUUCUUGACUAUACCGGUCACGUUGCUCUCUGCGAUUUCGGUCUUUGCAAGCUAGAUAUGAAGGACGAAGACCGCACCAACACGUUCUGUGGCACGCCCGAAUAUCUUGCUCCUGAACUUUUACUGGGCAACGGCUAUACCAAGACAGUCGACUGGUGGACACUGGGUGUUCUCCUCUACGAGAUGCUGACUGGUCUCCCGCCAUUUUACGACGAGAACACGAAUGAGAUGUACCGGAAGAUCUUGCAGGAACCCCUGACAUUCCCCGGUAGCGACAUCGUUCCUCCCGCUGCUCGUGACCUCUUGACACGCCUACUGGACCGCGACCCUCAGCGCCGUCUAGGUGUCAACGGAGCUGCAGAGAUCAAGUCUCACCAUUUCUUCGCCAACAUUGACUGGCGCAAGCUACUUCAGAGGAAAUACGAACCUAGUUUCAAACCGGGUGUGGCUAAUGCUCUCGACACAACGCAAAUCGAUACAGUUUUUACUGACGAGGUCCCCCUGGACUCUGUUGUCGAGACUUCUAUGCUGACGCAGGAGCAACAAGCGCAGUUUACCGGCUGGUCUUACAAUCGGCCCGUAGCAGGUCUAGGCGACGCUGGUGGAAGUGUCAAGGAUCCGUCCUUCGAGAGUAUUGCAGAGUAG